AUGCAGCUCAGCACCAUCAUCUUCGCGGCCACUGCCUUCCUGUCUGGUUCUGCGCUGGCAAUGCCCGGCCAGCUUUUCCAGCGCUCGUCCGUCUCCUUCUUCAACGGCGAGAAGUCCAUCGUUGCUGAAGUGGAAGAGGACCUCCUCACUGCCAGGGAUCUGCUGCAGACCAGAACUGAGGGUGACAUUGAUUGCAAGGGCUCUGCAUUCUGCGAGCGGCUGGGGUCCAGCUGUGACGACGCCUACCGUAAGGUUGUUCCUGGCAACACUUACAGUGCCUAUCUCGAUGACUCCGACACUGGUACGUGCAGCGGUACUUGUGGCCUCUUUGUUAGCGGUGACCGUUGCUCUGCUACGGGCCAGGAGCUACAGGAGGCCUACGAUGAGAUCCGAAGCAAGGGCUCCUGCACCCACUGUGGACGGAAAGAGAUGAAGGAUGGGUGCUUCAUCAAGAUUGACCGUGUGACCGGAUGUUAA